CUCUACAUAUAUUCCAUUCACAUAUCGAUACAUACAUACAUACAUCUUGUAGAAUUGCGCUAUUCCUAUUCCUAUAUAUAUAGUGUACACGAACCGCCUAAUCUCUCCACAAGUACAUCACCACUUCUCGAAACUUCGCUCAUUUCUUCCAUUUUCAUAACUUCAUUUCUGCGCAACUCUCUCUCUCUCUCUCUCUCUCUCUCUAGACUCCACCAAUGACGAUCCUAGACUCGCCGGAGAGCGUCGGCACCGCAACGACCACGACGUCGACCGCGGAUCCCGGCACCUGCGUUCGGCGGAGACCGAGCGCCGCCACGGGAGGAGGAGGAGAAGAGGCCAUUUCUGAUUCGCUCUCGAAGACGAGCUCGUUGGAAACUGAUAGUUUGGUUUUUGGUUCGGAAAACGAUCAGAGUCAGAUCGGGGACGGUGACGGCGGCGAUAAGGUCGCGAAUGGAGAGGACAGAGAGAAGGACAAUUUGGCGAAAUUCUCGUACCGGCCGUCUGCUCCGGCUCACCGCAGAAUCAGGGAGAGUCCUCUCAGCUCUGACGCUAUAUUCAAACAGAGUCAUGCUGGUCUCUUCAACCUCUGUAUAGUAGUUCUUGUUGCUGUAAACAGCCGGCUUAUCAUUGAAAAUCUGAUGAAGUAUGGCUGGUUGAUUAGGUCUGGUUUCUGGUUUAGUUCAAAAUCAUUGAGGGAUUGGCCACUUCUAAUGUGCUGUAUUACUCUCCUGCUUUUCCCACUUGCUGCUUUUGUAGUCGAGAAGUUGGUGCGACAAAAGUAUAUAUCUGAACCAGUGGUUGUCAGCCUUCACAUAUUAAUAACGACAGCUACAGUUUUGUUUCCAGUUUUUGUGAUCCUCAGGUAUGAUUCUGCUGUUCUAUCUGGCGUCACAUUAAUGCUCUUUGCAUGCGUUGUGUGGCUGAAGUUGGUAUCCUAUGCACAUACAAAUUAUGACAUGAGAGCGCUUGCUAAAUCACAUGAUAAGGGGGAGGCCUCGUCUGUUUCUUCAAAUCUUAACUACUCUUAUGAUGUUAGCUUCAAAAGUUUGGUUUACUUCAUGGUGGCUCCCACCUUAUGUUACCAGACGAGUUAUCCCCGCACUGCAUGCAUUCGACAGGGUUGGGUGGUCCGUCAAGUCAUCAAGUUGGUUAUAUUUUCAGGACUCAUGCUAUUUAUCAUAGAGCAGUACAUCAAUCCAAUCGUUACGAAUUCACAACAUCCUCUAAAAGGAAACCUUUUAUAUGCUGUAGAGAGGGUAUUGAAGCUUUCAGUUCCAAAUUUAUAUGUGUGGCUCUGCAUGUUCUACUGCUUUUUUCAUCUCUGGUUAAACAUACUUGCUGAGCUUCUCUGUUUUGGUGAUCGUGAAUUCUACAAAGAUUGGUGGAAUGCACAAACAGUGGAGGAGUAUUGGAGAAUGUGGAAUAUGCCUGUUCAUAAGUGGAUGGUCCGCCAUAUUUAUUUUCCUUGCUUAAGGAAUGGAAUACCUAAGGGGGUUGCGGUAUUGAUUGCCUUCCUUGUAUCUGCUGUUUUCCAUGAGCUAUGCAUUGCUGUUCCCUGCCACAUAUUCAAAUUUUGGGCCUUUAUUGGAAUUAUGUUUCAGGUUCCCUUGGUCAUGAUCACAAGUUAUCUGCAGAACAAGUUCAGGAAUUCUAUGGUUGGCAAUAUGAUAUUCUGGUGCUUUUUCAGCAUUCUGGGUCAACCCAUGUGCGUUCUACUCUACUACCACGACUUGAUGAAUAGAAUAGAGAAAACACAGUGAAACAUCUCCCUCUUGAAACAAAUGUAUAUCAUCACACCAUGGCCCGAGAGAGCAUUCCGAAACUCAAAAGUUGCCCAAUCCUGCUGCAUUGUCUGUCCCUCAGUAAGUUCCAUCUUUGAAACUGCAGCAUUACAAUGGGUUUGUACAACGUGAAAUUCCAAUCAUUCAGUGUGUUCUGAGGCGUUCUAUUGCUACCCAUAAUUUAUUUUCCUUACGCCAUUCUUAUUGAAUUCACAAUUUGGGCAAUUUUGUUGAACUGAUGAACUACCAGAGUUAGAUCAUGAUUGAAUCCUAGUUUAAUAUUGGUGGGAAAUUGUAUAUUUGCUCAUAUUAAGCUUGUGCCUAUUGCUGCUUCUAUCGGCCAUUCCUUUUUUGCAUAUAUCAACCGUUACAUUGAUUGUUUUCCCCCUCAUGAUUUAACGAUUAAGAACAGUUUUAAUAAAAUAAAAAAAAAAUUGUGCCACUGUUA